GGCAGCCGGGGCCGCGCCGGGCUCGCCAUGGACUACUCCUACCUCAACUCCUACGAGUCCUGCGUGGCCGCCAUGGAGGCGAGCUACGAGUUCAGCCCCUGCAGCCAGGCGGGCUCCUUCCAGUACAGCCCCAUGCGGGGGGGCUUCGGGCCCGCGCCCGCCUGCGCCCCCCUCGCCUCCGCCAGCUGCGCCCUGGGCGCCCUCCGCGACCACCAGCCCUCGCCCUACUCGGCAGUUCCCUACAAAUUCUUCUCGGACCCGUCGGGGAUCAACGAGAAGCGGAAGCAGCGGCGGAUCCGGACGACUUUCACCAGCUCCCAGCUGAAGGAGCUGGAGAGGGUCUUUGCCGAGACCCACUACCCCGACAUCUACACCCGCGAGGAGCUGGCCCUCAAGAUCGACCUCACCGAGGCCCGGGUGCAGGUGUGGUUCCAGAACCGUCGAGCCAAAUUCCGCAAGCAGGAGCGUGCGGCCAAUGCCAAGGGUGCCAGUGGCACCGGCACCACCGGGAAGAAGUCGGAGCCGCGCUCUUCCUCAGAAGAUGACGAAUCCAAGGAAUCCAACUGCAGCCCGACGCCGGACAGCACGGCGUCCCUGCCUGCCGCUGCCAUCGGCAGCCCCGGCGGCAGCCUGAGCCCCAGCCCCGGCGCGGGGGCACCCAUGGGACCCGGCCAUGCCCCCCAGCCCCUCAAGGCGCCCCUCUGGGCAGGGGUGGGGGGUGGCAGCGGUGCCCCCAACGCGGCCGAGCUGCUGAAAGCCUGGCAGCCCACCGAGGCUGUGCCGGGACCCUUCUCCGGUGUCCUCUCCUCCUUCCAUCGGAAACCCAACGGCAUCAAAACAAACCUCUUCUGAUCACUGAGUCACCGGAUCUGGCUGCCCCCAAAUCCCCCCCAGCCCUCAUCCUGCAUCCCCCACCCGCUGCCCCCGCCACGGACCCAGACAC